AUGUCGGAUGAAAGCGCAACGGCUCCAAAGUCUGUCAGUGUUGGCAAGCGUACAAGGCGUACGCACCACAAAUCGCGGCAUGGCUGCAAGAACUGCAAGUUGAGACGCAUCAAGUGCGAUGAGACCAAGCCAACCUGCGAGAACUGCAUCAAGUUCCGCAUCCCUUGCAGUUUCAAUUCGAAUCCCUCGCCCCCUUCAGAUGCCUCCCCACCGGCACAGGAUGUGCCUCGCCGGCGAGGUCGGCCCCGGAAGGACUGGCUCGCAGCUACAGCUCAACCGCCUUCCGCCGACCACAGCCCAGGAAACAAUCCAGACCUUGCGGCCAUUUCUCCAGAUACACUAUCAGAACAACCACCACCUUACCUGAUCGGCGACCACAGCCUGAACAUCACCGAUCUCCAGCUCCUACACAAUUACAUGUAUAAGGCCUCCAUGAACAUCGCGAACGCCAAGGGCCCGGACCAAUUCUGGUCAAUCGACUGCCCCAAGCUCGGCUUCGCCCAUCCGCACACCCUACACCUGAUCCUAACCUACUCAGCCCUACACAUGAGCCGGCACGAGGCCGACCCAGAGCGGCAGCAGCAGCUGCACGACGAGGCGGUGCUGCACUUCGCCACGGCGCUGCAGCAGACGCGGCUGGAGCUGUCGCGGCUGGGCAGGCACAACGCGCACGCGCUGUACGUGUCGUCGAUGCUGGUGUGCUUCUGCACCUUCGCCAAGGGCCCCAGCGACGGCGACUUCCUGAUGUUCACGGCGGGCGGCGACGGGCCCGCGACGUGGAUGCAGCUGGUGCGGGGCGUGCGCACCAUCAUCGAGACCAUGGGCAGCCCCUUCAUGUUCGACGAGGACGGCCCGCUGCGCGCGAUGGUGAAGAAGGACCCGGACGACCGGGCGCAGGACAGGGACGCCGAGAGGCGCGAGCGGAGCAGGCAGCACCGGCCCGACUGGAGGCCGCCUUUGGAUCGUCUGCGCCAUCAUAUCUGCUCCCUGAUGUGCCCGGCUGACUUUGACCGGCGCCGCAACGACGACGUGUGUCGGCUGAGCCUGACUGCUCUCGAGGAGAUCUGCCCCCCUUGUGAAGCCAUGUGGGGCAAGACGCCGGAUGAGCCACUGGAGAGAGACCAGGAGUACUCCGUCUAUGCCUGGCUGUACCGGUUGGAUGAUAACUUUAUCCGAUGCUUGGAGAGGAAGGAAGAGAUAGCGUUGGUGGUGUUCGCGUACUUUGCCCUCCUUCUGAAGGAGCUCGAGGUGUACUGGUUCAUGCAGGGUUGGGCAGAGCACAUCAUACUUGGCACUGAUCAGUUCCUCGACGAGGAGCACAAGAGGUGGUUGGAGUGGCCCAAGGAGCAGCUUGCGCUAAUCGAGAUCACGAUCAAAAAGUACACAGAGUCUAUGGUGUUGAAAUAG